AAGUUCUAUUGUGAUUGAUGGCAAUCAAAGGCCGCUGCAGCGGCUAAUUAUUUUGUUUAUUUACAAUUUAAGCAUAUUUAAUAUAUAUUCAAAAUGGAUAUAAGUGCAGAUGUGAACGCGAUUAUAUCGCAGGCUUCAGACUGGAAUUUCGCUGGUGACUGCGCUCUGUUGGAACUAAUGAAACGCAUCUCCCAAAAUCUGCAUGAGCGGGGAGAGCGAACGACCAAAAAUUUAAUCCAAUUUGAAACGAACGUGAGACGUGCUGACAUUGCCCUGGACAAUGCAACAAACAGUCUGCGUUCGCUGCAAUUCGGACAGCAAUUCGUGGAGUAUCGCGUGGAGGAGGUGGAAGAUGAUGAUUUUGCGUUGCCUGAGGAGGAGGUGAAGAAGCCUGAGCCUCCGUUGAAGACCUCCAAGGAACUUUCUGAAGAGUUUUUGCAAAAUAAUUUGCAAAUGUUUAGAAAGAACUUUGAAGCAGUCACAAUAGAAGUGUCCGACUCGGAGGAUGAGGACGGCGCUGUAAAUGCCACCACUGUGUUCCGCGACAAGAACCCCUACGAUGCUAUCCCGUUGCCUUUUAUUAUUGGCUCCAAGCAGUGGCAGGAGCACAAGUACGCGGGGCUCUAUGAUAGCGCUGAAAAUAGCGAGGACGAGCAGCCAGAGCAGUUCUCCUCCAGCUCCUCGGAUGAGCAGGAACUUGCUGAGCCACCAAAGGCUGCGCCAAAGCAACAAUGGGAUCCAUCACUGCAAUCGGAUUCCUCUUCACUCACCUCGCUGCCUAAGGAAACGCCAGUGGUCAAGCAGCCAGCGCCUGCAGCUGCGCCUGUAGUUGAGGGAGUUGCUCGCCCUAUAGCUCAGCCUCGACCUAUUAUUAGCAUGCACAGGAAUCCACAUGAGAGCGAUUUAUUUGCAGCGCUGCGUGCCUCGCCUCCUAGCGAUGAUCCGCCCUCCACUUCAUCCUCGCUUAACUCCUCUUCAGCCACUUCUCAUGGAAUUGCUGCAGCUGCGAAUCAAUCAAGAGCAAAUGUUUCGCUCAGCUCGAGCAGCAGCAACGUCAGCAGAGUCAUACAAGCUGGGGGCAAACAAAGUCCGCCCAAAUUAUUUGAUGAUGCAAUUCCAACACUUCCAGCAGCCACACCAGCUGCUACGCCCCUUGUAGCUGACAGCGAAGUUAAACCCGUCGCAGCUGGCAAUAAAAUCAAGCGAAAACCUGUUAAUCUGUUCAAUGACGAUGAGUUCAAUUCGUUUAUGUCAGAAAUUGUGGACAAGGUGCAAGCUAAGUCAGGCAGCAACUCGACCCAAACUGCGACUGUGGCCAAGCCAAAGGAAAUGCCUGCCCCGCAGGAAGUCAAAUCGAAGCCAAUUGAGACAGCCUCCCGUCGUCCAAAUCUCUUUGAGGACAGCCCACCGUUAAGUCCCAAUUUACAGCCCGCAACGGUUGUACAGCCCGUCAAGAAGGUGCCCACAUCGCUCUUCGACGACAAUUUGGAUGACGAUGUCGAUGACUUCUUGAGCUCUCUAGUGCCCAAGGCAAAGCCACAGCCGCAAACGUUGAAGAAGUCUUUAUUCGACGACGACGAUGAUUUGGAUAUAGAUGAUAUAUUUGUGAAGAAGAAACCUACAGAACCGCCAGCAAAACUAACUGGAAAAACGGCGCUGUUCGAUGAUGUGAAAGAGGAUGACGAGAAAGACAUCUUUGCCAAGCCAUCAAGAGGCGCUGAGAUGCAGCAGCAGCAGCCUGCGCCUGCGCCUGCGCCAACAGCUGCAGCGCGGACAACCAAUAGGAAGCCUACAGAGGCAGCUUCAUUGGCUAGUAAAAUGGUUUUGUUCGAUGAUGACCUAAUGGAUGAUCGAGCUGCUGAGGCUCCAAAAGCAGAUGAGAGGCAACAAAAAGGACCUGAGAGUGGCCAGCCAGCACCUGUUAAGCCGCCUGCCAGAAAACAGCCUACGAGCAAGGUCUCGCUGUUCGAUGACGAUGACGAGGAUGACCAGCUUGUGGAAAACAUUUUUGGCAAGGACUCUAAAGGACGUGAGAACAAGCCAAAAUUGGUUGAGCCUGCACUUCCAGUUCCUGAGGAGUUGCCUAAGCGCGGUCUCUUUGAUGAUCUGGACGAUGAUGAUCUCUUUGCCACGCCCAAGUCAAAAAAGCCCGCAUAUAUUGGAGCAGAAAGGGAAACUAAGCGACAUGUUGAGCAAGUUCCGACAGCAGAUGCAGCUGUCAAGCCUGCGGAGGAGCUGCCUAAGCAGUUGGAGCUGGAGCCACAACGAAUUGCAGAGCAAGCGGAAGAGAAGCAAAUAGACAAAGAUUCGACUGAUAAGGCGCAGCUGCCAGUGCUCAAAUCAGAUCUAUUUAACGAUGAUUUCAACGACAAGGAAACAAUAGGAGAUUCUAAAGAGAUUAGAACGGUGGAAGAGCCACAGAACAAAGCUGCAGAUGAGCUGCCUGCUGAGGAGGCAAAGUCAGAGUCGCAGAACUUAGAGAAACAAGUGGUGCCACCUGCCAAGCCUGAUGAAGUGAAGGAUGAAGAGCUUGAAGUGAAGCCUGCUAAGCUCGAUUUACCCUUCAAAGUUGAGCCAGAGCUGGAGCAGUUAUUGGGCAAUGAGAGGGAGUCUGGAUUGGCUGAUUGGAAGCCUGGGGAGAACUUUGUGUCUGAUGCAACAGGGGAGCAGCCAGAGGCAGCUGUUGAGGAUCAGCAGGAUCCCAUCAUCAGUCUCGUUGCGGAGCUAGGCCAAGGCAAACCCAAGCAGGAGGCGCGUGCAGCCGAAGACGUGGCUGCUGCUAAGCAAAUAAUGCAAAACUACUCCAGCCUCUUCUCGGAUGAGCCGCCCGAUGAUAGCGAGUUCUUCCAGUCUCUGGGCACCAGCAGCCUGCCCAGCUUGGGCGCCUCCAAGAUGUUCGACAGCGAGCACGAGCACGACUUCUACGAGCCCGCUUUGCCCGAUCUGCCAGCAGCUGCUGAGACCAGCCGGGAUUAUGGCGGCAUGCGUUUGUUUAGCGAUGUGCCACCAGACGAUGAUGACGAGCAGGAAGCGGUGCAGGCAGCAUCUGGAAAAGCAGCAGCUCCCGUGCAGGAAGAAUCGUCGACACCAAAGCGGAUUCACACUAUCUUCUAUGAUGACUUUAGUGAAACUGCUCGCGCUGGUGCUGCCGCCUUCCUGGACGAGAGGCCGCCGGCAAAUGUGGCUAAGCCCAGCUCUCCCGUCAAGAAGCUGCAAAUGCCCAACAUAAAUAUCAAUGUGCAUGCGCUGCUGCCUAGCGCCAAGCUGCCCAAAAAGCAGGAAGAGCCAGCUCCAACUCCAGUCAUUAGCCAAGCUCCAAGUCCAGCCUUGAAAGAAAUGCCCAAAGCAACCUCAAGCGAGACGGAUAACAUCUUGCAAUGCGUUGGCAAGACGCGCGUGCGUGGUCCAGCUCAUCGUCGACCCUCGACCCGACGUGCUCGACAAGCCAACUAUGCUCAGAGCUUGCUAGAGUCCGAAUCGGCCGACAGUGUUGCUUCUGCUGCAGUGCCAUCAACUUCUGCAACAGCAUCGAGUGCAAGUAUUUCCCGUAAGUCCAUUGGACAGCUGCCUAGCUUCGACAGCGAUGACAACGAGGAGCGGGCGGCGGAUGAUUUCCUAUUUAAGUCCCUUGCAACCGUCGCAGCAGCUCAGACGGCUACGAAGAUCGCUCCCAAGGAACCACAGCGCGCGGCGAGUGCCAAGCCAGCUCUGUUUCUGGACAGUGAUCCAGAGGAUGACGAUGAUGCGCUCUUCGGAAAGGCACUCCAAAGAAAAGUAGCAGCUGUUGCUCCAACUACUCCGGCAGCAGUUCCUGCUGUCCAGAAAGCUGCCUCAAAUGCCUCGCCAGCUGCAGCUCCUUCUGUUACUCGAAGCACAGCUGCUCCAGUUGUUGCUGCCGAAACUGUUUCAGCAGGAGUUACAGCAGUUACUUCUCCAAGGGUUUCUACAAUGCCUUCUAUCACUCCAGCAACAGCUGCUCCUGCACUCACUACCCCAAAGCCUACACCAAUUGCCUUGGUAUCCACGUUGCCGCCAGAGGAUGAUGUGAAGAAGCCUCCACCCAAAUCGGCUUUCUUUUUGGACAGCGAUGAGGAUGAGGAUGAUAGCAAUAGUUUUCUCUUUAGCCCAGCAUCCACUGUUCCCCCACAAAGAGCCGCUGCUGGGCCACCGAAGUCCUACGUAUCCUUCCUCGACAACAACGAUGACGAUGAGGAUGCGCUUUUUGCCGCAGCCCUAAGUGAAAAAGCAGCCAAGUCAGCACCAGCGCCAGUUCCUGCUCCUGCAGCUGCUGCUGCUGCUUCUGAGAAGCCCAAGGCCACGUCUAAAACGUUCCUGGAUAGCGACGAUGAGGAGGAGGAUGAUGCACUCUUUAAGCCAACCAAGUCAGUGGCCCAGCCAAAGUUAAAGGAUGAGCGAAAAGAUGUUGCAUUGGCUAAGGAGCAGAGCAAACCGAAGGCGCUGAAAACGCAACUCUUUGAUGACAGUGAUGAUGAUGAUGAUGAUUUGUUCAGCAGCAAAGCUGCUAACCCUGCCAAAUCCCAGCCAGCGGCAGCAAUAAGCCAAGCUACUUUGCUUGCCGGCAGCGAGAAGGAACCGAAGCAGGAGCUGCCCAAGGCCAAGGCAAAGCCAAUCAUCAAACAAAGUAAAAGUCUCUUCAGCGAUGACGAGGAUGACGAUGAUCUGUUUGGCAGUGGUGCAGCUGCUCCAGCAGCCGGCAGUGCUAAGCGAGCUGCCAAGCCUGGAGCAUCCAAUGCAAUCAAAAAGCUAACAGCCACGCCCAUACAGGGCAGCUCCACAGAUAUAGCGGAUAAUCCGCUGGCCGAUCUAUUAGGACCUUAGGGAGCUUUAAAGAAAAAAGUAUAUGUAUAUAUUUAAUUCAAUUAUAUAUAUUUACACUUAGUGAUUUGCUUAUGUUAAUUACACAACUCUAUAAGA